AUGACCGGAUCUCGAUGCGUUGUUCAGGACUGUGAAAACAAUCAUAAAACAGGGAAAAGCCUUCGUUUGAGCCCAAAAUCGGGUCCAAAAAAGGCGGAGUGGAUACGACUCCACUCGAAGAAUUUCAAUCCGUUGGGUCGUUUUGUUGUGUGCUCGGACCACUUCGAGAGAGAAUGCUAUCACUUUGGCGAGGGGUCCGAGUUAAAGCGCUAUUUGAUAAAGGGAUCCGUACCAACAAUUUGGAAACCAAAGAAAACCAUUGCUUCACCAUCGGACCGGGAAUUGCGUCAAAGAGCAAAGGAAAUUAAGGAGCUUUUAGCAACAGCAGGUGACAGUGGAAUGGUGCGAGCUCAUGAAUCUGCCACAACAUCUUCCACGGUCUCUACCUUGGACCUACCCGCCUCAGCUGAAGACACACCAACUGAAACCAUGCCCCCCCCUUAGAAACCCUCCCCAUAGACCAACCUGCCCCAGUUGGAGACAUGUCAACUGAUAACUUGCACCUCCAAGAAUCCCACCCGGUAGACCCACCGGCCCCACUUGGAGAUGCGCUAAUCAAUACCAUUACUUCACAAGGAUCUCACCCCAUAGACCCACCCGCCCUAGCAGAAGACACACCCAUAGAUGCUACGACCAUACCUCCCAGAGCCAAUGUGUUCCAUGUAGUUGAUUAGGGUAGUGAGGGGUCAUUAUUUAUAAACAAAUGAUCUAAGAUUUCUGUUUUUAUGUCAGCAUAAUGGAACGAGCUGAAAAUAUGUACAUACAAUUGUCAAUUCAGAGCAAUUUGGCUAACAUGGAAACUGAUUAAUGAGAAAUAAAUACGAUGUUUCACUGCUCAAUUCCA